CCAGUCUGUACCGCCAAAGAUUUUUGUCGUAACACACGCGCAUGUAUUUGUAGACAAAACACAAACAAUUUCGUGUAUUUUUUCCGGUCAGAAUCUGAAAAACUGUUUGAAAAUGGGAGAUAAAAUUGAUAUGAGCCUUGAUGACAUUAUUAAAUCCAACAAAAAACCUGGACGGGGCGGUGGACGCGGAGGUCGAGGGGCUGGGGGAAGGGGAAAUAGAGGAAGACAAAGCAGAGGCGCCGGUGGUGGUGGACGCGGAGUAUUCAGAGGUGGAGUUCAGAAACGUCGACAGGGUGGUCGAGGAGGCAAUAGAUCAUUUGGGCGCACUCCUCCAAAAGGAAAUACAGAUGAUGUAUGGCAACAUGACAUGUAUGAUGGAAGUGGAGCUGCUGCUAUAAAGCGAUUGAGGUCUCCAGGCGGAGGACUCCAGACAGGCUCUGGCAAGCUGCACAUAUCCAAUCUAGAUUUUGGUGUCAGUGAAUCUGACAUUCAGGAACUGUUUGCUGAGUUUGGCCCACUGAAGAAAGCUGCUGUUCACUAUGACAGAUCAGGACGAUCACUAGGAACUGCAGAAGUAAUCUAUGAACGAAGAUCAGAUGCUGCCAAAGCUUUAAAACAGUACAAUAACGUCCCUCUUGAUGGGCGUCCAAUGAGCAUCCAGUUGAUAGGUGCAAGUGAGAGCAUCCUAAGUGGUGGAAGUGUUGGUGGCGGUGGUGGUAGUCAGGGCCAGCGGUUCAGAGGUGGCGGUGGGCGCGGUGGCGGCAGUAGGCGUGGUGAUGGUGCCAGUGGUGGCGGACAGAGACGAUCAAACGGCUUUGGAAGUGGUCGAGGUGGGCGUGGUGGAGGACGGGGUCGCGGACGAGGAGGACGUGGCGGGGGUGGUGACCGUAAACCUCUCACUGCAGAGGAACUUGAUGCUCAGUUAGAUGCUUACAAUGCCAAGAUGGAAACUGAUUGAACUUGGGGGAAAAACUCAUGAAAGAUGGACUUUGUGAUAUUGUGAAAUCUACAGGACAUUAUAGAAACAUGGAAGUUAUUAGUUGUUCAGUUAGAAUGAACUGUAAAGUUAUUUUGUAAGUGAAAGAUGUAUGGUCAAGCGAUUUAUGUUAAAUCAUUGUGAAACAUAAAGGGAAAUUUUGUGAAACAUUAACUCUAAAAAUAAUGGUAUUCACAAAACAUUGACCUUAAAAUGGUACAUGUAUCCAACAUAUUUAUGACAUGCUGCUUACAAAGAGGAUGACUGGUUUUCCAGUGCAAUGUUUUUAUUUGUGUUUUAUUGUAGAUUAUAUUUUUUAUUAAUUGAAAAUAUUUUAUACCAAGGUAUUUCUGGACUUAUAAACUAGGAACUUCAAUUAAGUUAUUCUAAACAUUCAGUGCGUCAAAGAGUACAUUUUAAUUUUAUUUGCAUAGUAUGAUCUCACCAUAGGACAUAGCAACAAGGCUAAAAUAGUAAAGAUUUCUGUGAAUAUUUUAAUUAAUCUCUAGAAAUGCUUGGGGAUUAGACAUUACUAGUGUUGAAAUAUCAAAUGACGUUGAUUGAUGCCUUCAUAGCAAAUGUACUUCAUGGAUAUCAUAUUUUAGAGCUAUAACACAUAGUUUGAACAAUUGAUAGUUUUCAAUAUGCUGUUAGCAUACCAUGGUGUUCUUUAUGUUAAAUCUUCCAUCAUUCUAGUUACUUGAAGAUUUGACAUUAUGUUUCACCAGCACGAGUUCAGUUGAUCAGGCAGCCGUCUGUGUCCUUUAUUCAUUGAUUAUCAACCUUUUGAUCAUCGUCUAAUUUUAGCUUCUUCAUUUAAUCAUUAAAAUCUGAUAAAAAAAUCUUAGACAUAUUGUAUAUGUGUGAAUGUAAAUAAAACAGAAAACAUCA